AUGAUGGAGCCGGUACCGGGCUCCAGGAAGAGCCUGUCGCUGUCGCUGCCGGUGUCCCGGGAGGGUCCGGGCCCCCUGCGCCCCCCUCAGCACCUCUGGCGCCAGCCCCGAACCCCGAUCCGCAUCCGCCACCGCGGCUUCUCCGACACCGACCGGCACCGGCCCCGGCCCAUGGAGCGGGCGGAUGCCGUGGACACCGGGGACCGGCCCGGGCUGCGCAGUGCCCGCAUGUCCUGGCCCUCCUCCCUCCACGGGACCCCCGGUACCGGAAAGCGCGUCAUCCCCCGGUACCGGCACCGGAGGUGGAGCCUCCCCCUCAGCGUCCUCUUGGGACCGGGAUUGGAGGCGGGACCCCCUCCCCCGGUACCGGUGCCGGGAUCGGGGGCACCCCCAAAACCCCGUCCUGCUGCUGGAGGUGGGAGCCCCCCGUCCUCAUCCCGGUACCGGUACCGGGAGUCCCGCGUCCUCUUCCCGUACCGGUACCGGGAGUCCCCAUCCUCAUCCCGGUACCGGGAGCCCCCCAUCCUCUUCUCAGUACCGGGAGCCCCCGUCCUCAUCCCGGUACCGGGAGUCCCCCGUCCUCAUCCCGGUACCGGGAGCCCCACGUCCUCAUCCCAGUACUGGUACCGGGAGUCCUCUGUCCUCAUCCCGGUACCGGGAGCCCCCGUCCUCAUCCCGGUACCGGGAGCCCCCGUCCUCAUCCCAGUACCUGCCGGUACCGAGAGCCCCCCGUCCUCAUCCCGGUACCGGGAGCCCCCCAUCUCAUCCCGGUACCGGGAGCCCCCCGUCCUCAUCCCAGUGCCGGUACUGGGGAGGGGGGGGAGCCCCCCGUCCUCAUCCCGGUACCGGGAGCCCCCAUCUCAUCCCGAACCCGAGCCGGGGGUCCCCCACCCCAACCACCUCCGUUCCGGGGUGAUCCCGGUGCUGCUCCCCGGUGGGACCCUGGGGAUGCCGGGACCGGGAUCUGCCGGGAUCCGGGAGAUCGGGAUCUACUGGGAUCUGCUGGGAUCCGGGAGAUCGGGAUCUGCUGGGAUCUGCCGGGAUCCAGGAGACCGGGAUCUGCUGGGACCCGGGAGACUGGGAUCUACUGGGAUCCAGGAGACUGGGAUCUGCUGGGAUCUGGGAUCUACCGGGAUCCGGGAGAACCGGGAUCUACCGGUAUCCAGGAGAUCGGGAUCUACCAGGAUCCGGGAUCUGCUGGGAUCUGGGAUCUACCGAGAUCCAGGAGAACCGGGAUCUACCGGUAUCCAGGAGAUCGGGAUCUACCAGGAUCCGGGAUCUACUGGGAUACAGGAGACCGGUAUCUGCUGGAAUCUGGGAUCUACCGGGAUCCAGGAUCUACCGGGAUCCAGGAGACCGGGAUCUGCUGGGAUCCAGGAGACCGGGAUCUGCUGGGAUCUGGGAUCUACCGGGAUCAAGGAGAACCGGGAUCUACCGUUCCUGUCUCUCUGUCCUUACUUCAUCCCCCCCCCCGUCCUCAUCCUCAGCUCCUUGCUGGUCCCAGCUCCUGCCCCGUUCCUGUCCCACGCUCCUUCCGUGCCUCUGUUCGGUCUUGUCCUCGUCUUCAUCCUCAUCCUCAUCUUCAUCUUCAUCUUCAUCCCCCUCCUGAUCUUCAUCCCCGUUCUCAUCCUCAUCCUCAUCCUCAUCUUCGUCAUCCCCAAAAACCCCUGGGCCUCCCCCAGGAGCAUCUCCCGCAACUCCUCCGUCACCAGCGGGGUCCACGCCGAGGAUUUGAUCGUCACCCCCUUUGCUCAGGUCCUGGCCAGUCUCCGCAGCGUCCGCAGCAACUUUUCCAUCCUGACCAAAGUCACGACCCCCCCGGGGGACAGGAGGUCGCCCCUCGGUUCUCAGCCCCCCCCCUGCAAGGCGUCCCUGUCCCCAGAGGACACGUCCCAGCAGCUGGCCCGGGACACGCUGGAGGAGCUGGACUGGUGCCUGGAGCAGCUGGAGACCCUGCAGACACACCGGGCGGUCAGCGAGAUGGCCUCCAACAAGGGACACCAGGGCGGGCACGGGGACAGUGACACGGGCCAGCGGCGCCGGGGGGACAUCGUGGCUGUGGUGACAUUGGUGACACCGGUGACAUUGGUGGCCCCGGUGGCCGUGGUGGCCAUGGUGACAUUGGUGACAUUGGUGGCCCUGGUGGCCGUGGUGGCCAUGGAGGCCAUGGUAGCUCUGGUGACAUUGGUGGCCCCAGUGGCCCCAGUGGCUGUGGUGACAGUGGUGACACAGGUGACAUUGGUGGCCCCAGUGGCCCCGGUGGCCCUGGUGGCAUUGGUGACACAGGUGACACUGGUGGCUCUGGUGACAUUGGUGGCCCCGGUGGCUGUGGUGGCAUUGGCGACACAGGUGACAGGGGUGACACAGGUGACAUUGGUGGCCCUGGUGGCCGUGGUGACAGGUGUCACUGGUGACAUUGGUGGCCCCAGUGGCCCCAGUGGCUGUGGUGACAGUGGUGACACAGUGGCCCCGGUGGCCCUGGUGGCAUUGGUGACACAGGUGACACUGGUGGCUCUGGUGACAUUGGUGGCCCCGGUGGCUGUGGUGGCAUUGGUGACACAGGUGACAGUGGUGACACAGGUGACAUUGGUGGCCCUGGUGGCCCUGCUGGUCCCUGAUGCUUUUCCGGGUGUGUGUUCUGGGGGUAUUUUGGGUGUAUUUUGGGUGUAUUUUGGGUGUAUUUUGGAUGCAUUUCGGCCACUUUGCAGCUGCAUUUUCAGUUUAUUCCAGGAGCGGGACCUGGUUCGGAUUUUCGGGAUCCCCGAGCGCUCUCUCCUGUCGUACGCCGGCGCUCUGGAGCAGCACUACCACCCCGACGUGGCGUACCACAACAGCCUCCACGCCGCCGACGUCCUGCAGUCCACCCACGUCCUGCUGGCCACCCCUGCCCUCGACGCCGUCUUCACCGACCUGGAGGUUCUGGCCGCGCUUUUCGCCGCCGCCAUCCACGACGUCGAUCACCCCGGGGUGUCCAACCAGUUCCUCAUCAACACCAACUCGGAGCUGGCGCUGCUGUACAACGACGAGUCGGUGCUGGAGAAUCAUCACCUGGCCGUGGGCUUCAAACUGCUCCAGGAGCGCGACUGCGACAUCUUCCAGAACCUUCCGCGGCGCCAGCGCCAGGCCCUGCGCCAGAUGGUCAUCGACAUGGUCCUGGCCACCGACAUGUCCAAGCACAUGAGUCUCCUGGCCGACCUCAGGACCAUGGUGGAGACCAAGAAGGUGACGAGCUCGGGGGUCCUGCUGCUGGACAACUACACCGACCGCAUCCAGGUGUUGCGGAACAUGGUGCACUGUGCCGACCUGAGUAACCCCACCAAGCCCCUGGGGCUGUACCGGCAGUGGACGGAGCGGAUCAUGGAGGAGUUCUUCCGGCAGGGAGACCGGGAACGGGAGCGCGGGAUGGAGAUCAGCCCCAUGUGCGACAAACACAGCGCCUCCGUGGAGAAAUCACAG